UGCAGUUCCUCCUCUUACCUGCAGGGGGAGUGUCGCGCCUAGUUUCUGCUUCUUCCUUCCUUCCUCGGUCACGCUGUCAUUCGCCGCCGGCUCCCGAGCUCUGACAGAAAACCCCGCUAAAAUGAAGAUCUGGGCGUCAGAGCACAUUUUCAACCACCCAUGGGAGACGGUGACCAAGGCGGCGAUGCAGAAGUACCCCAACCCCAUGAACCCGGGUGUGUUUGGUGUGGAUGUCCUGGACAGAAAGGUGGACACAGAGGGACGGUUACACAGCACCAGGCUGCUGAGCACAGAGUGGGGCCUCCCCGCCAUCGCCAACUCUAUCAUUGGGGUAACGAGAACGUGCACUUACGUCCAGGAACAUUCGGUAGUCGACCCCAGACAGAAGACCUUUGAGCUGAAAUCUACAAACAUCUCCUUCACUAACCUGGUGUCUGUAGACGAGAAGCUGACGUACAAGCCACAUCCACAAGACCCAGAAAAGACGGUCCUGACUCAGGAGGCUCUCAUCAGUGUGAAAGGCGUCAGUCUGAGCAGCUACCUCGAGGGUCUCAUGGCCAACACUAUCUCUGUCAACGCCGGCAAGGGUCGGGAGGCGAUGGAGUGGGUCAUCAGACGGUUAAACACAGAAAUCGAGGAGUUGGCAGCCACGGCCCGCGGCUCCAUGCGCGUUCCCAUGGCAGCAGCCGUUGCAGAUAAAUGAUCCCGGCCGCCGACCGCCGUCCGCCAUCACGAGCCGAUGGACAUCUCGGGACGUUUUUUUUUGUUUUUUUUUUUCCCGUCAACAAAAGGGGGACCUCUCAACUCAUAAACCAACACAGCCUAACAACCACCAGCCCCGUCCUUUGACACCUUUUGCACGUUUGUUUGUCUCGAGUUUGUCCCUUCCUCCUCAGCCGCCUGCACCAACACGGUUUUCCAAUCAGUGGGCGGUGACGAGGAGCGUUGAGCUGAUGACGGUUUGAAAUACCAACCGGGGUUGAACGUGGACAGCACUUGAAGCUCGUAGGACUUUGUCUUGUGAUGUGAAAGCGCUUAUUUUUAUUUAUUUUUUUUUUGACACUUCACACUGUGCCUCCAUAUCAUCUCAUCAGUUUCAUUUAUUUUUCUUCUCCCCUUUGCAUUUCAUUUAUUUUUUUGCCCCCGAAUCUUUAGAGACACUAGAAAUGGAGGCUCCUUAUUUCUGAACCGCAUUGUAGUAUUUCUACGAUAACAGCACUGAAGCAGGACAACAUCACGUGCUCUGUUGUCUAAAGUUUGACCGGACAGAAAAGGUCUCGUCGCGUAGCGCUGGAACACAUCUGGUGCUUCAGGUGGAAGACAGUUUUCUAACUUUGUAAUUUUGAAUAAUUGAGUUUGAAGGAGUCCAGACCAGCAGAACAAAGCAUUUACACCAAACAUUAUUCAUUUAUUUUUGUACAUUUGAUGCAUCUGUCAGACAGAGUGUUGAGACAUUUAGCUCGUUGUGGUCCCUCCGUGUUUUCUCUCUUACACUGAUGACGUGCUCCAUAGUUCGGUGUUACAGUACAAGAUUGUGCAUACUUGAAUGUUAUUAACUUAUUUUCGGCGUACUAACGGUGGCAGAACCCCACUGAAAGCCCCAAACGUUUGCAAACGUGCCAUCUUGUGAACGCUCCCCGGUGUCGUGGGAGGAGCCCCGCAGGUGUUGCGUUCAGGAUCCCCGACCCUCGCCUACGUGAACUGUGAAGAUGGAUUUAACUCCUGCCCCCCAAGACUCUUGUUUCCAACUUAAAUUUGUGAUCAAGAACUAACUCAAGCGUGUGCGCUCUGACCACUAACUCUGUGUAGAUAGUGUUAUUUAUAUUUGUGUAGUGAGCGUUGAGAAACUGAUCCGUUUAAGAAGCUUGUGGCGUUGUGCGCGAGUAGCAGAGCAGUGUUAUUUUCCUCGUCUGUUCCGUGGAGGACUCUUUGGUGCUAAACAGUCGGCCCGUGGGUCUCCAGACGCCACGCCGAUAUGAAGGAGACAUUACAACCUUCUUUUUGGGUUUUCAUGGAUUUCAACCUUGCAUAGUUUAAACCGUCUCUCCACGGAGCUCAGCGGCGUCACAGGUCUUCCAGCCGGUCUCUGGAUCCGCAUCAUGUCCGUCUCUUUCACGCCUUGUUCCAGAUCUUUUCAGCGUCUUGCUCCUAACUUUUCCAUCUCAUCGUGUAGCUCUGUCGGGCCUCCACGCGGCGUCUCCUUCACGAAUGAAGUGUGGUUGGGGGUGGGGUGGGUUUCUACGGGGGAACAUGUUGUCAACAUUGGUUGCCUGUAAAUAGGCUCAUAUUUAUAUUACGGUGGUGUUACAUUCCAAGAAUGUGAACUAGAAGAGUCUAAAAGAGUGUGCAGAGAAAUGUUUCGAAAUAAAGAGGUGACAUUGUUUCAUGAA